AUGGCUGGUGCUUUAGAGAAUGCACGUAGAACUAUCCAAAAACUAUCUUUGGAUGCUGAUGAGUCACUUUAUGGUCAGAUAUAUUCUGUUUCUGGUCCCGUGGUUGUUGCUGAAAAUAUGAUCGGGUGUGCCAUGUACGAACUCGUCAAAGUGGGUCACGACAAUCUUGUCGGUGAAGUCAUUCGAAUUGAUGGUGACAAGGCUACUAUUCAAGUUUAUGAAGAAACUGCAGGAGUCACUGUUGGAGACCCUGUUUUGAGAACGGGAAAGCCUCUUUCAGUUGAACUUGGCCCUGGAUUAAUGGAGACGAUUUAUGAUGGCAUUCAAAGACCUUUGAAGGCGAUUAAAGACGUUUCACAAUCGAUUUAUAUCCCGAGGGGCAUUGAUGCGCCAGCUCUGUCGCGUACUGCAGAAUACGAAUUUUGUCCGGGAUCUUUGAAAGUUGGAGAUCAUAUCACAGGCGGCGACAUUUUUGGCUCUACGUUUGAAAAUUCCCUAGUUUCGGAUCAUAAGAUCCUGUUACCACCGAGAGCCCGAGGUACAAUUGUUUCUAUAGCGGAGCCUGGCUCUUACCAUGUGAAUGAUCCUGUCCUUGAGGUUGAGUAUGAUGGGGUUAAACAUGAAUACUCUAUGAUGCAUACGUGGCCAGUGAGAGUCCCUAGACCUGUUGCACAAAAGCUUUCAGCAGACUAUCCCUUGCUUACAGGUCAACGGGUUCUCGACUCUUUGUUCCCUUGUGUUCAGGGUGGAACGACAUGUAUUCCUGGUGCGUUCGGCUGCGGUAAAACUGUUAUUUCACAAUCGCUUUCGAAAUACUCGAAUUCGGAUAUCAUUAUUUACGUUGGCUGUGGAGAAAGAGGCAAUGAAAUGGCAGAAGUUCUAAUGGAGUUCCCAGAAUUAUUCACUGAACAGAAUGGUCAAAAAGAGCCAAUCAUGAAACGUACCACUUUAGUCGCCAAUACUUCUAACAUGCCUGUUGCGGCAAGAGAAGCGUCUAUCUACACUGGUAUCACACUGGCUGAGUAUUUCAGAGAUCAGGGAAAAAAUGUUUCCAUGAUAGCAGAUUCGUCCUCCAGAUGGGCAGAGGCUUUAAGAGAAAUUUCUGGUCGAUUAGGAGAAAUGCCAGCUGAUCAAGGUUUCCCGGCUUGUUUAGGAGCCAAGCUCGCCUCAUUUUAUGAAAGAGCAGGCAAGUCGGUUGCUCUGGGCUCUCCAGAUAGGUUGGGUUCGGUCUCUAUUGUUGCUGCUGUGUCUCCUGCAGGAGGUGACUUCUCAGAUCCGGUUACCACUUCUACCCUUGGUAUUACCCAAGUUUUCUGGGGUUUGGAUAAGAAAUUGGCGCAAAGAAAGCAUUUUCCUUCUAUCAACACGUCGAUCUCGUAUUCCAAAUAUACGAAUGUUUUGAAUAAGUAUUACGAUGCCAACUAUCCGGAAUUUGCAAAUUUGAGAGACAAAAUCAAAGAGAUCAUUUCCAAUGCUGAGGAACUAGAGCAGGUUGUUCAACUCGUUGGUAAAUCCGCUCUAUCAGAUUCGGACAAGAUUAUUUUGGAUGUUGCCAACCUCAUCAAAGAAGACUUUUUGCAGCAAAACGGCUACUCUACGUAUGAUGCGUUUUGCCCAAUUUGGAAGACUUAUGAUAUGAUGAAAGCCUUUGUCACUUAUUAUGACGAAGCCCAAAAAGCUGUUGCAAAUGGCGCUCAGUGGUCCAAGCUUUCCGAGGCCACAGGAGAUGUUAGGCAUGCCGUGUCAUCUGCUAAGUUUUUUGAACCUAGCAAAGGAGAGGCUGCUAUUUCCAAGGAGUUCGAUACACUUCUGAGCAGUAUUUCUGAAAGAUUCCAAGAGGCCGCUGAGUAG